GUUGUGCGGUGGUCACUCAAGGUCACUUCAGCGUCACCCAAUGGUCGUCCAUGAAGUAUAGUCUCAACAAUCUUCUCUAUAGCAGGGCGACGAAAAGUAAAUGAACUGGAAGUAGAACAAAUCCUGAUCAAACUGGACUUCAAAAAUGACGUAUGAGACUAUUUUGUAAAGAACCUCUCCCUUUACUUACAGGACCGCGUUAUUCGAUUUUUGGAGAAUGUAUGCAUGUUUAAAAACAUUGCAUGCAGUUUUGCUUGCACGUUGUGUUCUUCCUCCGCUCAGAUUCAGUGAUCCUGAUUUGUAUGCUAUUGUUUUGGAUCUCUUAUUCUUCCAAAUCAACACCGGUAUCAUGUGUUACAGCUUUGCCUCAAUGUGUCUACAAAUUAACCCUUUAGUUACACAUCUUCCCAAAAUUGUCUACUUCCUGGGAAAAAGAUUCUACUUAGUUAGAAACUAUCUAAUGCAAUCAAGCUGAUUUACAUACUGUUACUUCUCAGGAAUAUUCUAAUGCAUAAUGCCUUUUGCAUCAUUCAAGAAUGUCCAAAAACGACUCUCCAAAAUUCAUAAAGAACGUUCUCAACCUCAACGUAGACACCAUCUUGGAAUACUACCGAAAAAACAGGAUUUCCGUUUAAGAGCCAAGGAUAAGGAAUCAAAAAGUGCUAAAAUAAAAGAGUUAAGAAGUAAAGCUUUAGAUAAAAACACAGAUGAAUUUUACUUCAAUAUGUGUAAUUCUCGUUUUGAUAUGGAAAAAGGGCAUAUUCCGUUAGAUGUAGAGAAAAGUUAUUUAGACUCUGAUAUUAAGUCAUCAUUUUAUAAAAACGUUACGCACCUACAAUAUGAAUUACAAAAAGAAAAGUCUAAGAUACAUCAACUUGAGUCGAAGACUCAUUUACUGCAAAGUGAAUCACAAAAUCCCUGUUCAAGGAAGACUCCCAAACAUAUUGUAUUUGCGGAAACCUAUGGUGAAAUGGUUGAACUACACCACAAAUACGCGGAGAAAGUACAAGUGGAUGAAACUAUUUUUGACAAAGUGUCUUCCAGUGACCUCUCUUAUGAAGACAUUUAUUCUCAACGUUUUAAUGCUUACAAGGAAUUAUCUGAACAUCUAGAAAGAGCCAAACAGUUGAAAUAUCUUUUACGUCAGCACGAAGCUAAGAAAAGUCUUAUGGCAAAUUUAACCAAAAGAGCGUACAAAACCGUAUUCAAAGGAAGUAAGACGGCGCCUCCCGUUUAUGAAUUUGAACCUGUCCGGGAUCGAUGAACAUUUGAAUUUGUUUAUAGUCAUCUAAUUUGUACAUUUCAUUGUCUCUGAUGUAUGUCCAGGAACAUCUAAAGAGUUUCACCAUAUGA